CCAUUGGCUUAGCUUUUAGAAGUUUCUGGUUAGAAAAGGAAGCAAAAUUAUUCCUAGUGCCUCUACGAAUUCUCUUUUUUGCAUAGUAAAUUUCCUUUCCUAAUGAGAUGACCUGGAAGUGCUUGGAGGAAAGGUGGUUUGAAUUCUAAAAAUGCUUAGGAAAGGAGCCUCGAUGCUUCCUUUAAUCCUCCUAUAGCAUAGGUUACUCCUGAGAAACCUUUACCAAAGGAAAGGAGAUACUGGUAUCCCAUAAUCCAUUACGGCGGCAAUAUUUAUAGCAACAUGCCACCGACAAAGAGUACCCACUCUACGCGAAGACGCAUGAGAGACGCGGGAAAGCAGAAGAAGGGAAGCGAAGAAAAUUCAAUCGAUAAUGAUGGAUACCAAUUCCAGAAACAUAUUAUUUGAAUCGAAAUUAAUUAAUUUAUUGCUGGUUAUUAAGCACACAAUAUAGGCUACAACGUAAGAAAAUAAAUGCCGACUUCACAUUUAAGAAAGACUACAUUUAAGAAGGGACAGUUUAUUUCAACAUAAAUUGAGCCUCUUUUUUUUCACAUGUGAAUGGGGAUUUAAUUAGCCCAACAUAUUCCCGUUGGCCAAGUCCGACCUAAGUGAUUCCACUGAUGGCAACAACCUGAUUGAAAUCAAUACGACAAUAACGCAUGGAUCGAAGAGCACUUGUUGUAGUUCCACUUUGGAAAACUGUGGUUCCACCCUAGAGACACUAAAGGUCAGCAAUAUUCCCCGUAACGCAAUGGCGUCGGUUAGAAAAAGUGGAGUCGAAUUCAUUAUAAACAGUGUUGUCUUUUCCUAUGUUCGAAAGGAAGCACCUAUUCAUCUCUCCUUGAACCGAUGGUUAAGGAAAGGAGGCAUAAAGGUUAGGAGAUUUGACCAUUUGUAGAGGCCCCUUAUAUCUCUUUCCUAUUAUUAAUCCCACACUGCAAUGUUCUUGGUCAUUAAGUCACACCACCACACAAAUACAAAAGUCGUGACAGUUCAGAAUCCAAAAGAUGAUCCGUUUCAAUCUUUGCAUGAAUGCAUCCCACACUUUAGUAUUGAAAUAGAAUGAAGAAGUGCAGGGCAAAUUUCUGAACUUUUGCCCUGUGCAUUUCAGUACUGCAUACUCCUUCACAUGUUUCAUAAAGUUUUGUGUGGAUGUUUAUAUAUCUCUCUAAAGGUUUGAUCCAGUGUAAUCUUUCUGAGCCCAAAAUGGUCCACGAAAAAGAUUGAAAAAAAAAAGAAAGAGAAAUGCUCACGUGGUCCGUGGUCUGUGGCCCCGGUAUAAAUAAGAGCGCCCCCUCAGCAGCGUCCCACUGGAGAGACGAGGGCGGCUACAGUAGGGCUGAGUUUCACAGGAUCCUCAACGGCUGUCAUUUGUAAGUGGAGUAUUUCCCAAUAGUAAGCCAGCAUACCAUGCAUACUCGUGUUUUAUUAGACUGCAUCAGAUGAGUUAAGAAAGCUCUGGCACUGCGUUGAAACAGAUGGAUCCCUCAGACAACGCCACCACCAACGGGGUCUCGUUCGUGCAGGCGGACCCCCAGGGGGGGUCCCAGCCGGACCAAAGCAACGGAAACGAGUACCUGUACAUCCUGAUCGUCAUCUCCUUCUACGGCGUUUUCCUUUGCGGCAUCAUGCUUGGCUACCUCCGCUCCAAGAGGCGGGAGAAGAAGAGGACCAAUGUGUUCACGCGUCUGAUCCAUGAGGAGGAGCAGCGGGAGUGGGGCGCCUGGCCGCGGAGGCGCAGCAUCCCGCUGUCCUUCCCUGGGCUCUACGGCGCGCAGGUGCAACAGCACGUGUUGCCCUCCUCUCCAGAACACCUCCACCACCACCAGCACCAGCACCACCCGCAGGGGGGGGUUGUGUUCGAGGGGCGGGCCCUGUCCCCGCUGGCCUGCGCCCUGUGCCUGGAGCAGAGCAGCAUCAGCUCCCUCUGCUCCUCCGCUGACGUGCACUUCGCCAUCGAGGAGGAGUCUGACAGCGCGGCCACGGAGGACUCUGAGGAGGCCCCCAAGGGGUUCCAAAAGGGCUGCCUGGAGAGCAUGGACGACUCGUGACAGGCACACGCAAGACGCGUAAUGGACUAAACAGAGUUCAGAGACACGGGAUUGUUGAGUGCCUCCCACCCUACUUCCAAAAAAGACAGAAGAAAUCUGAAGGUCUGAUUGGUUCUGGGAUGACCAAAGGACACAGAGUUUGAAGGGAGAUGACCGCCUUCACUGCUGUCCAAUGUGUGUGAGGCUCAACCCCUGCUGAGGGCCCAUCUGGAGUGCACAGGCAUGCACCUGGAACCUACUUGAACGAUAGAAGCGACCGUUUUCAUGCAGGCUCCUCGAUGCUUCAAGGUCUGCACUAGACUCCCACGCUCAGCCCUGCAGGUGUCCCUGAUGAAGGACACUCCAUGUAGGUCUACAUAGACCUUUCCCCUUAGUAGUCACCCUGUCUGCAAUGGUUCAUUUAAGAUGGACAGUCUUAAUAUUUCAGAUGCAUGAUAAUAAAUGUCUUUCAGUGAC